AUGGAGCAUAAAAGUGAAUCUGUUGAAUAUAAAAAAUAUGGUAUCGUGUUACUCAGAAAACGUGCACUGAUAGAAGGAUUCAGUACGAAGUGUCGGUCAGAAGCAUUGAAAAUUUUAGUUGAAGAAAUUGCAAGUCUCAUACGUGAAGAAAUCUGCCUACGAAGGAAACGGAAAGAGUUCUUACAAAAUAUCCUUCGAGACUACGAGAAGGAUCCUAUGUUAGCUGUAAAUAGUUUCAGUGACGAAAAAGGAUGUGAAAAAGGUGAUAACUACGCAUCAAAUAUUACCAAGACGACUAUUAAAGGAAGAUCUGGUUGCGGUAAAGAUCAAAACAAUAAAAAAAUUGCUUUCGAGACAUUAGGGAACUCUUGCGAUGUUGUCAAGUGUAUACCGAGAGCAGUUAAAUAA